CACCGACGUGUAUUCUGGGAUAUUCCUGUCUGUCUGAAGAGCAGCACAGAGCAACGGCCAGACAGGGAGAGAGGAGACCACAACAUCAAGAAUCAAUGGGCAAAGUGCUAAGGUCAACAGUGUUCAACCCCAGAACCCCACUGCCAGAUUGUAUCCAAUAGCUGCGUAUCAGCAAUGGGUGACACAGUCCUGCGGCCCCCAACUCGCUCACUGUUGGAAUGUGACAGCACCGACCAACUAUGUAUUGUACGGACCUAUGAGUAUGAAGUGAUCGUGGUCCCCACAUUUCUGAUUGGGGUCUUUGUCAUCCUCCUCGCCAUAAUUUUCUUUCUCCGGUACAGAAAGAGAAAAUCUGGAAAGGGACAGACACAAGAUCCGCAGUCUCAGAAGAACCACCGUAACUUGAACUCAGGGAUCUCCCUAGGUGAGCUGUCAUUGGACAGAGCACUAAAGUUACAAGAUUCCUCGCUGCAGGACCUGGAGGUCCCCUGGGAAAAUAUCAGGAAGCCCCUCCAGCUGGUAGGAGAGGGGAGGUUCGGCCCCAUAUACAGGACGGUGCUUAGUGAAGCAGAUGGGCGAGAACAGGACAUUAUCAUCAAACAGCUGAGAGACUCGGCAGGACCCCGUGAGGUGCAAACCUUCCUGUACAGGAUAAGAUUCCAGGCCUGGCUGGGACGUCACCCCUACCUGGUGGGGUUGUUAGGGUGUCACUCUAUGCAGAAGCCGUACUGUAUGGUAUUAGAGAGUCUGGAGCCCGGCUCUUUGCUGCAAUUCCUAUGGGACUGUCGCAGGGAUGUCAUGUCAAUGGAUGGGAUACUAUAUGACCUCACCGAGUGCCAGGUGUAUACGAUAGGGCUGCAGAUUGUGUCCGCACUGGAGUUCCUGAACCAUCGCAGCCUCCUGCAUGGUGAUGUGGCGACUCGCAAUAUCCUCAUCCAGCGCAACUUCACUGUCAAGCUGGCCGGUCUAGGUGGGGCUUGCGAUAUGCAUCUCCUGGGGUCAUUCCCUUCUCGACGUCCUGCUCCUUUAAAAUGGAUGGCACCAGAGCGGCUCCUGCACUUACCCAUCACCACUAAGUCUGAUGUCUGGUCCUUUGGAAUCCUCCUGUAUGAGAUGAUAACACUGGGGGCCCCUCCAUACCCCGAGGUUCCUGCAUCCAGCAUCCUGCAGUACCUACAGAGAGGAAAUGUCAUGAAAAGACCCUCCAGCUGCAAACCGGCUUUAUACAACAUCAUGAAGGCUUGCUGGGCCUGGAAGGCACGUGACCGCCUCUCCAUCUCAGACCUACAAAGACGUCUAGAAGUGGGGAAGAAGAGUUCUGAUGACCGGACGGUUCUGCUGGUCCCUGAGCUUGUGGUACCAGAGCUGUAUGCAGGUGUAGCGGGGACCGAAGCUCUGAAAAUGGAGACUGAUUACACUGUCUUAUAAUGGUGAAACACACACACAGCGGAUGGUCAAAGACUUGCUCAUAUCAAGGCAGGGUCCAUAAAAUCUCACUCCUUGCUCUAUACAAAGCAGCCUUAGUUACAAGAACGUCUCUAUGAGUAAAUGAGAAUAGGACA